UGCGGACACUCGUCCUGAGGCGGCGCGGAGCAGCGGCCGCGGCCUCGGCAUCCAGGCACCAUCCAAAGACACUUUAGGAGCCCAUUAGCUGUUUACAGGUGCUGAGCAUAUCCUGAGAGGCCUCAAAGCAGAAGGACUGUGCCAGAACAGUGCAGGCUGCCUGCCAGGGAGCCAACAUGGAGCAGAAGAUCAGCUCUUUCUUUAAUUCUAUUUUGGAGCUCAUCCGUACCAAGCAUGAGGAAGGGAUCUUCAACACCAUCUGCCUUGCUGUGCUGUUGGGCCUGCCCUUUGUUGUGCUCAUUGUGUUCAUUUUUAUCUGCUGCCACUGCUGCUUCUGCAGACGGAGGGGAGCAAACAGCAAGAAAGGUGGCACCAGCAGCAAUGGGCAGCUCCAUGCUGACAGGAGCAAGAAGAAAAAGAAGAAGAAGGAUGAAGAGGACCUGUGGAUCUCAGCACAGCCCAAGCUGCUCUUGCUGGACAAGAGGCCAUCGCUACCAAUAUAGCAGACAGGAAGGCGUCCAGGCCCUCCCUGCAGAGACCUUGCCAGUUCUUUCAACUGUGCAGUUACAAGAGGCAAGGAAAUGCCAUAGCUGCUGCCUUCUAUGUAGUGACUUUCAAAAGAGGAUGAACUCAAAAGCCAACCAGAGUGUUGAAAGCACUUGUUGAAGGCAAGGCACUUGGGCAUGUGCUUAUGCAGUUCUUUUUUUCCCCCACCACAACAGCGUGCCGGAAGGUAGAAACCCAUGCAAAAGGACACACAUGCACACAGACACAUGCAGUAGUAAGCAUGAGAGUGACCUGCCACUAGGCCAUAUGCACCUUCACCUAGAGAUGCACCUCUUGCCAUAAGCACAACGUAGUUGUAUCAAGCUGACACUUGGCAAACUCGUGUUUGUAAGUGUGYCUGCUGUAGCACAGCCAAAUGUGCCCAGGACCAAGUGCACUUAAUGACUAAGCUGUCUGUGCACAACCACUGCAUGAGCACACAUGUCCGCAUGCAAAGCAAGCACACAUUCCUCAUUCAUGUGCCUUGCCACAGAGCUAGCACAACAUGACUGCCUAAGCUCUGUCCAAAUCCCGACCUCGUUGGAGAUGCAAAGAAAAACAAGUGCCAAAUUACAUCACAACUCAAAGAUGUGUUGUCUCCCCACUCCCAAUCCAAAGGCAAUAAGAGCUUUUGAAGGUAGAAACUCCCUGACACCUAUCCCAACCGUAGAGACCUCAUGAUUCCAUCUUAAGGCAGCAAAGCAGAAGGACAUGCUGCCAUCCAGACUGGAGUCAGCAAGGAGAAACAAGGCUGCAAGUCCAGKCCCUUUGCACCAGCACUGAAAAGUUCCUCAAGAAAAACUGUAUUAAACCGUUUGGCCUUUAAAUAGUCCAUCAUGCUGCAACAAGCACUGCAUCACCUCUAUGCUAGUGCAAGAGUGGAAAUGCAAGCUGCAGCUCUUUAGGAGCUUAGUUGUGAGCAUUAGUGUUAUUUAUUGAAUGACUACUAGAGAAAGGUAGGAUCAAGGCUCCCUGUGACAUGGGGCUAGGAACYGAUGCAGCACUGUGGCAGUGGACCCCCUUUCCCUAUGCACACAGC